CCUCCCUCUCCCUCUCUCUCUCUGAUCGUGAUGUCCACCGCUGCUCCGUCCAGUGCGUCGCCGUCGGUCGUCCGCAGCCAAUCCACCUCCUCCCGACCUCCCUCCUAUCGCCCCGUGCAAUCCGAUACUCCUCACCGAACUCGAAGCGUCGCAGUCCGGCCGGCCACUGCCAACCAAUCCCCCUCGCAACAGCCUCAUCCUCCGUCGCAGAAUUACUAUUCUCAUUCCCACUCCAAAUCGCAUUCUCAUGAUCGCCGCCCGCCUUCGAAUCAAGCGCUGUUUGACAACUUAGCCCGUCGGGAUUACGAGGCUUCGAGAGCUGCCCAACCGCCUCCCGCCCGUCGGAGCAGCUCCAAGGAACGCUCCCAGGAACGUCCCACCACCUCCUACCGCUCCGAUUCAUCUUCCAACAAACACCAUCGCAACCUGUCCGUCCAGGGUCAUCAAAGAAAUAGCAUCGAUAUGGCUGCCGCAGGGCCCGUCGGGGCCGACGCUGCUGCGGCUCCGUCCCAACCUGUUCCCGGCUCGCGACUGCACCCGAUGAAUCCGGUGCCGUCGAAGCGUCGCACAACGAUCACGACGCCCUCCGGCCAGUGGACGCUGGGCAAGACGUUAGGUGCAGGGAGUAUGGGCAAGGUCAAAGUAGGGAAAAACAUGGAGACCGGAGAACAGGUGGCUGUCAAGAUCGUCCCCAGGCAAUCGACGGAGGAACAUCGCAGCUCUCGCGAGGCGGAGAGAGCGGAUCGCUCCAAGGAAAUCCGGACGGCCCGCGAGGCCGCCAUUGUCAGUCUCGUCAAUCACCCGUAUAUCUGUGGCAUGCGAGAUGUGGUCCGGACCAAUUAUCACUGGUACAUGCUGUUCGAGCUCGUCAAUGGCGGGCAGAUGCUCGAUUAUAUUAUUUCCCAUGGGAAAUUAAAGGAGAAACAGGCGCGAAAGUUCGCCCGUCAGAUCGCAAGUGCGCUGGACUACUGCCACCGGAAUAGCAUCGUGCACCGUGACUUGAAGAUCGAGAACAUUCUCAUCAGCAAAACCGGCGACAUCAAGAUCAUUGACUUCGGUCUCAGCAACCUCUUUUCCCCGAGAAGCCUUCUGAAGACCUUCUGUGGCAGUCUUUAUUUUGCCGCCCCCGAAUUGCUGCAGGCGCGACAGUACACUGGCCCCGAGGUGGAUGUUUGGAGUUUUGGAAUUGUUCUUUACGUUUUGGUCUGCGGGAAGGUGCCUUUUGAUGAUCAAAGUAUGCCCAAGCUGCAUGCCAAGAUCAAGCAGGGCGUGUUCGAGUAUCCCCCUGGACUGACGGCAGAGUGCCGUCACAUCAUUUCGCGCAUGUUGGUCACCGAUCCCAAGCAGCGCGCAAGCUUGGCGGAGAUCAUGAAUCACCCGUGGAUGAAUAAGGGAUUCAACGGCGCUCCCGAUAACAACCUCCCCCACCGCGAGCCGUUACAACUGCCCUUGGACCCAGACGUUAUCGAGAAGAUGACAGGAUUUGAUUUUGGUCCUGCAGACUACAUUACCACGCAACUCACGAAGGUCAUUGAGUCGGAGGACUACCAACAUGCCGUCAAGAUGAACAUUCGCGACCACCCUCCACCGAGCCACGGCGAGAAGAAGCGCGGCAUGUUCGACUUCUACAAACGGCGCAAUUCGGCUAGCAGGGAUACAUUGUCAGCCCCGUCUGCGGAGGCGGUCCAACUGGGGUCUGAUCCCUUGAAUGCAUACAGCCCGUUGCUGUCGAUCUACUACCUAGUGAAAGAGAAGCUGGACAGAGAAAGGGCCGAGACCAACCCCGGUGCUCUCGGCGUGCCGCAGGCGGCCGGAGAUGCCAUGCUUCAGAUGCCAGAUCUACCCGCUCCCGAAGCGGCCCAUACGAACCAAUAUCAGGUCCCGGGAGAAAAGGAUGUCGGAAGGCGCACUCGUCCCCGUGCAAGGACCCAUGGGGACGACGACAUGGCCGAUGGAAUCAAGAAUCUUAACUUGGCUCCUCCGGGACAGGCGUCACCUGCUCCACCGGCGUCGCAACCCGAGACUCCGGCCAAGAAGGAGAGUACCGCCGCGGGAAUUCUGAGGCGGUUCAGCACCCGCAAGACGAAGGAGCGCGGCCGCGACCCCGAACGCGGAAGAAUGAGCAGCCCCCAUGCGCCGUCCUUGAGCGUUCAGCCCCCUGCCGAUUCGGCCUCGCCCUUGUCUAGAGGAUUCAGCAUGAGGAAGACCAGACGUGCCGACCCCUCCCCUACGGCCAUCCCGCCAGCCAGUGGCAGUCAGCCGCAGCAAGAUCUCCUCGCCCCCGGAUCGGCAGAGCCGGCCUCGCGGUCCAACAAGUUUCUCGAGAGAUCGACCAGCGUCAACUCCGCCGAUUACCGCGCCCGAAGGACGGCACGAAGAAACGACACGGACACUAUUGGACAGCCGCCCCCGAGCAGCGGGUCAGAUCACAAUGCGAACGUACCUAAAGAUCAGACCCCUUCGAAGGACUCGAGGUCGACCGGCCGUACGCACGCCUCCCGGACCAUGUCGCUUGGCCACGCCCGCCGGGAAAGUAUCCAGGCACGACGCGCGCGGCGAGAGGCUGCCCGGGAAGCCAACGUUCCCGAGGAGACCGAUGCGGACAUCUCCGGGGCGGGGACGGCCCUGGAGAGUGCGAACGAGGGCGAGGAUCUGUCGAAACCGGUGUACCUCAAGGGACUGUUUAGUGUGUCCACAACCAGCAGCAAGCCCCUGCCCGUCAUCCGCGCGGACAUUAUUCGAGUACUUAAGCAACUUUCUGUGGACUACGUUGAGAUCAAGGGAGGGUUUAGCUGCCGCCACGCGCCCAGUAUUGACUUGGAAAAGGUGACGGACGCGGCGCCGCCCAGCCCUGACCGACAGGGCCAUGUUUCGAACCACCGACGACGGAUCAGUUUCGGCGGGCUGUUGAACCACGACGAGGGCAAGGAAGAGAAUCGCCACACCCCCAGAACACCGCGUCGGACCCGGGCUCCGCCGGACCGUAGCUUCGUUUCCAACUCGGAUGCAUCUGACGAUUACGUUGGUCCUCGCGACAACUUAGCCGUGGGCGAGCGUGUAGUGGGAGAGACCACGACCCGUGUCCAGAGCGAUACCGGAGAGAACCUGAUUCUUCGAUUUGAGAUCCUCAUCGUGAAGGUUCCCCUGUUCUCGCUUCACGGUAUCCAGUUCAAGAAGGUCGCAGGAGGAAUGUGGCAAUACCGCGAGAUGGCCAAGAAAAUUCUGGACGCCUUGAGACUAUAACUGUGUCCAACUUGGAUUUGUUUUUCUUUUUUGUCUUUUUCACACCCCCUGUGAAUGAUAUGGACGGCCUCAUCAUGAAGCAUUUGCACGAGCAUCAUGUUUCUUUUCUUUUUAUUUAUUCCAGCCCUUCAAUAGCCCCCCUUCUCCAUAGCAUCCUGUCUUCCCCUGUCCCCACCCAUCUAUCUAUCCAUGCUUUUAUCUUCAUUAUUCCGCACCGCUAUGGAUUCGUUCCUGUCAGCUUUCGGUUUGCAUCUAUACUUGAGCUGGCUCAAUUCUACUGUAACUGGUUUGUCAUGGUGUAUAUUAGGCCCGAGAAAAGAAAAGGACGCAUCAUGGAUUCAGACAGUUUUGUUUUAUGUCCUCUGUUUUGUUCGAUAAGGCUAUUGGUGCGCUGUUUUCUUGUCUCUUUUUGUAUAUCUCAGUUUACAGUUCGUUCUAUUUCUC